AUGCGUACCGGUAGCUUUGUCUUGCUGUUGUUAGCCGCGACGCUGCUGCUAGCCAGUGAAAGCGUCUACGCACGACGCUCUGCCGAUGGAGUAUGUGCCUGUCCACGCAUUUACGACCCGGUCUGUGGUACGGAUCUCAGCACGUACGCUAACCGCUGCCUGCUGGACUGCAAAGCCGAGGAAUUGGCAGCACGAUCGAUCGAACUGCGCGUGUUACGCCGUGGUGGUUGCGAAGAUCCCAUCGAAAUAGCCGUCGAGGAGCAGCCGGCAGAGUGAUGUGCACAAAAUUAGUAAUAAUUUGAAUGUCCAACUGUUAUCGUGGUGUGAUAAAAUCAACCUUUUAUCAAUCAAUA